CUGUACAAGACUGCUGAUCUUUUAAAUUUGUUCAAGUCUUUCAUAAUGAUGGUUGUGGAUUCGUCAGGGUUAGCGUUGGUUCCUUGGGACAAAGUUGCCCAUGCCUUUGUACAGGGAGCUUCGUGGUUCUUCACAUUUUUUAUAAUUGUUGGUGGUUCUAUUCCGUACGUAUUCCAAUACUCGGAGAUCUAUCAUAGACGGAAUGCACAAGGAUUCAGUCUGUUCGUAUGUCUCGCUCUUUGUGUUGCAAAUAUUCUGAGAAUUCUUUUCUGGAUUGGAAAACGUUUCGAUACCGCUCUGCUGGCCCAGAGUAUUGUUAUGCUUAUCUGCAUGAUUUUCAUGUUGGAAAUCGCUGUCCGGAUGAAUAGGAAGCAUACGCCGAAGCCCCAGUGGAAAUCCAUAUUAAUCCACUUGACCAGAUAA